AAUAACAUACGACUGUUCUGAAUUCCUUCACCCUAUUUGGUUAAUUAACAGGCCUAGUCCUUCUUAUUGUACACCAUUUUUACCUUUGGAAAGUGUAAAUAGCAUAAAUAUGUGUGUAUUAUCACGCUGUGACACAGUUUAUCCAUUAACUCGAAAUGGAAUUUGAAAUAUGGAUUCACAGCUUUUAAGAAAUAUUUUUAUAUACAAGUUUUUUUAAGUUUUUUCUUGCUCAGAAAUUAUUAACUUUUUAUGAAAUCUUUGCCUUGCACAGAAAUGUCGUAUUUGUUUAAUUCGAAAUCGUGUCUUAUAAUAUGGACACUCAGUCUUUUAAAUUUUUGAAGACCGUAUGUUGUUGAACUCUAAAUGUCCAUUGUUGUUAUUUUGUAUUGUUUGGAUGGUGUCUCAUUGUCUCUUAUCAAAUAUCUCCUCCUAUUCAUUUUACAAAAUUUCGUCCAUUUAGGAACCAGUAAUGGUAUCUGAACACGGGGACGUAUGUUUGAUAGAAGAACUUUGCACGCUGAGAAUUUUAAAUGCCCAUUAUAAUUAUAUAUAUUAAUGUCAAUUUCAAAAUAAACCAAGUAUCAACCAUUACUUUGCUUUAAUGUAGGUGGUCGGGUCAUAAAAUACUUAAAUUCUUUUGAUUUACAGUUCCUAUAAGAUCUAUUCCAAGUCAACUUCUUUUCAUAAAUGUAAUGUGGCUUUUAACAUAAUUUGGAAAAGAAAUGAAAUGGGUCAGGUUUCGAUUAGCUGAAUUCCUUAACCAUAUUUGGUUAAUUAUCAUGCAUAGUCCUUCUUACUGUACAAUAUGUUCACUUUCCCUUGUUAGGCAUAUUACAAUAUCGUCAACUUAUAUAACUUAGAAAAGAAAUGAAAAGGGGUCAGAUUUUUCGUCUAUAUCUGUUGUACCACACGACCUUAUACACUCCGAAUAAAUACGAUUGCCAUGAUAUGACGGAAUAGUUCUACGGAUGAAAACAUUCCUCGUAGAUACAAUACAACAAUAACCAGAUUGACUCAGUUCGAAGUCGUCAUGAUAAGAACAUAGAUAAGUCACGGAUAUAGGACAUAGGGAACAGUUAUAGGUGUGUAAAGGAGAAAUAAUAAAGAACGUCACUAAAAUGACUGUGUUAAUCAAUCUGUGUAUUGUGAUGAGCGUGAUCUGUGGAGUAUCAGCAACAGUAGGGUUUGAGGAUCUUUGUCGAGAGAUAAUACUACUUGACUGUAGUCAGCUGACGGUCGAUACAGACGAGACAGUAUGUGACUCUAAUGGAAACUCCUAUAUAAAUUUCUGUGCAUUUGAUCAAGCCAGAUGUAAGGACAAACGUAUACAAAUAGAUGCGGAUUUUGGAUGUUUGACGACACCCAACAAGAUGUCAUCUACAACAUAUGUUGCCAUGACAACCAAAAGGGCAAUUCCUACAACAACUACACAAAAACAAACAACUACUACUACAGCUCCAAUGCCUACAACAACACCUAAACCUACACGUGACCAGCUCGGACAAUUGUUUUGUGAUAACAAAGACAUAGUUACAUGUAGCUAUGAUCCAACGAAAGUUUGCGCCUCUAAUGGAGUUACACACAAAAAUAAUUGUGAAUUUCAAAAGGCACAAUGUGACAACAUCUGGCUAUCAAUAAUACACACGGGUAGCUGUUGAAAACAAAGCUUGGAAAAAGAAUGCGAUGAACGAAAAUAUUUCCAAAACAGUAUCGUCCAAUAAAAUUGGUCUCCAAUACAGUAUCGUCCAAUAAAAUUGAUCAGAUCACUUAAUCAAAGCUUUACAAUAACAAAAGUUCAAGAGAUGUAAGAUAUAUUGAAGAAAUUAAAAAAAUAAAUGCUCAAUAGAGA